AUGGCGGCGUCCACUGGGGUCGGUUUGGUGGUGGCCGGCGUCUUGCCGGUGCCCAACGUGGUCAACGCGGUGCCCGGCGGGGUCAACUCGACGCCCAACGGGGUCACCGGGGUCAACGUGGUGCCCAGUGGGGUCAACUCAACGCCCAAUGGGGUCAACGUGGUCAAUUCUGCACCCAAUGGGGUCAACGUGGUCAAUUCUGCACCCAAUGGGGUCAAUGCGGCACCCAACGUGGUCAACGUGGUCAACGCGGCGCCCAGUAGGGUCAACAUGGCGCCUAAUGGCGUUAAUAUGGCCAACUCGGCGCCCGGCGGGGCCAACAUGGUCAACGCGGCACCCAGCAGGGUCGGUGCGGCACCCAACGGGGCCACCGUAGUCAACAUGGCGCCCAGCGGGGACAACGCGGCGCCCAAUGGGGUCGACCCAACGGCCGCCAAUGGGGUCAACGCGGCGCCCAACGGAGCGGCCCCGACGCCCGCCGGCCUCGGCCUGGCGCCCAACGCAGCGCUCGUGGUGCCCAGCCUCCUCCCCGCGCCCCCCGGCGGCUCCCCGGCGCUGAGCGGCGUCAUCCCGACUCCGUCCGGUGUCAUCCUGGCGCCGGGCGGCUUCGCUUUGGCUCCUCCCGGCGCAGCGGCGGCGGCUCCGCCUCCCGUCGCGUCCCCCGACGGCCCGUUCACGUGCUCGCUGUGCUGGAAGGCGUUCAAGAAGCCCAGCCACCUGCAGCAGCACCAAAUCAUCCACACCGGGGAGAAGCCGUUCAGCUGCUCCGUCUGCUCCAAGAGCUUCAACCGGCGCGAGAGCCUCACGCGGCACGGCAAGACCCACGCGGGGCCGCUGCGCCUGCCGUGCGCCGUGUGCGGCAAGGAGUUCCGCGACGCGGCCUACCUGCUGCGGCACCAGGCGGCGCACAGCGGGCAGCGGCCCGACUACCGGUGCGAGGUGUGCGGGAAGGGCUACGCGGCGCCGCAGAGCUUGCUGCGGCACCGGCAGGCGCACGGCGCGGCCGAGGCGGCGUCGCCCGCAUCAGCUCCGUCAGCGGGGCCGUUUCCCGGCGGCGGCAAAGGCGCGGCGCUCGUUUUCUCGCAGGACGGCGGCGCUUUCCCGGCGCCGGGGCGGAGCUUCGGCUGCGCCGUGUGCGGGCGGGCCUUCGGGCGCCGCGAGACGCUGAAGCGGCACGAGAGGAUCCACACCGGGGAGAAGCCGCACCAGUGCGCCGUGUGCGGGAAGCGCUUCCGCGAGUCGUUCCACCUGAGCAAGCACCACGUGGUGCACACGCGCGAGCGGCCCUACAAGUGCGAGCUGUGCGGCAAGGCCUUCGGCUACCCGCAGAGCCUCACCCGCCACAAGCAGAUCCACCGCCUGCCGCUGCCCUGCGGCCUGAGCGCGGCGCCCGGCGCCCAGGGCCCGAGCUACGGCUGCGGCGAGUGCGGGCAGCGCUUCGCCGACCUGUUCCGCGCCGUCAGCCACAAGGAGGCGCACGUGGCCGAGAAGCCGUACGGCUGCGAGGCGUGCGGGAAGGCGUUCGGCCUGCUGGAGAACCUGAUGUGGCACAAGCUGGCGCACCAGGCCGCGCCCGAGGCGGCGGACGGCGCCGAGCCGCCGCCGGUGGUGCCGAGCGGGGAGCGCUUCACGUGCGGGACGUGCGGGCAGAGCUUCAAGCGCUUCCUGGCGCUGGUGACCCACAAGUACGUGCACCUGGUGCGGCGGGCGCCGGGCUGCGCCGUGUGCGGGCAGCGCUUCGCCGGCGCCUACGACCUGCUGCUGCACCGGCGGCGCCACCUGCGCAAGCGGCACUUCGGCUGCUCCGUGUGCGGGAAGCGCUUCUGGGAGGCCGCGCUGCUCAUGCGCCACCAGCGCUGCCACACGGAGGAGCGGCCGUUCCGCUGCGGCGUCUGCGGCCGCGGCUUCCAGCGCUCGUGGUACCUGCGGCAGCACAAGGUGGUGCACACCGGGGAGCGCGCCUACAAGUGCGCGCUGUGCGCCAAGCGCUUCGCGCAGUCCUCCAGCCUGGCCGAGCACCAGCGGCUGCACGGCGCCGCGCGGCCGCAGCGCUGCCACACGUGCGGCAAGACGUUCCGCUACCGCUCCAACCUGCUGGAGCACCGCCGCGUGCACCUGGGCGAGAAGGUCUACCGCUGCGAGCGCUGCCCCAAGAGCUUCUUCUACCUCUCGUCCAUCCUGCGGCACCAGCGGGCGCACGAGGCGCGCCGGGAGCUGCGCUGCGCCACCUGCAUGAAGCUCUUCAAGGACCCGCGCUACUUCAGCAAACACCUCCAGGCGCACCGCGGCGGGCGGCCCUUCAAGUGCGGCACCUGCGGCGAGGGCUUCCGCAGCGCCUACGGCCUCAAGAAGCACCGGCACGGGCACAAGGUGCAGAGCGGGGCGGCGGAGGGGCAGCAGGAGGGAUGA